UUAAUCAAAUAUUGUGGCCCCAAAUUCUUCUCCAUUGGUUUACCCGGUUCUUCGUCUCUACUCUUUGAUUUCAUAAACGCCGCCAAUACUAUCGUCUCGUCUCAAGAGAAUAAACUGCCGCGCGGAGAAGCACUUCAUCUCUUGGGAUCACUGAUUGGCUUCAACAGUGUCUUCAGUAAUGUAUUGGUACUGCAGUCGCGAACUCCUCAACCGAGUCUUAUGUCUUAUAAAGAUUCAAAGGAUCACGUUUUGGAGAUUUUGCUGAAUUCGAGCAAAAGAGAACAGACGGGUUUGGGCCGAUCCAUAGCGCUCAGCAGUUUGGGUCUAUUCUUAUACCAAGAGCUUUACAAUCGGACUAAUCAUCCGCGACUUCGAGAGAUCACGAAUGUGUUGAUCGCCGGCACCCGUGUUUCUCUCAAAAUACCAAAAUUAAUUACUAAUCCCGAUAACUCUAACCCUUCC